AUGACUGCCGCAAAGAAGCCUCAACAGGUUGGAGGCGAAGUCGGCGAAGUCCGUGCGAAUAUCGACGUGGACAGACUCAACGCAUACCUUAAGAAGAGUGUGCCGGCAGUGCGAGCCCCGGUCGCUGUUAAGCAGUUCAAGUUUGGGCAGUCAAACCCGACAUACUUCUUGGCAGACUCGAGGGGAACGCGCUUUGUUCUUCGGAAGAAGCCAGCAGGCGCACUUGUCUCGAAGACGGCACAUCAAGUCGAGCGCGAGUUUACGGUCCUCAACGCAAUUCAUAAACACAAUAUACAUCCCAAGACGCCCACAGAUGCUCGAGUACCUGUACCGGAGCCCUUCAUUCUUUGCGAAGAUACCAGUGUGAUUGGAACACCGUUCUAUAUCAUGGAGUUUCUUGAAGGACGCAUAUUCACGGAUACGAAUAUGCCGGAGGUAAACGCAAAGGACAGGCGUGAGUGUUGGCUCUCGGCGGUAGCAGCGCUCACAAGGCUAUCUUCCCUGGACCCCGCGGCGCUCGAGUUGUCGAACUUUGGACCAUCCUCGGACUACUUCCCGAGGCAGAUUAAAGCCCUGACGGCCGUUUCUGCAGCACAAGCUGCUGUGAAAGACAUCGACACCGGGAAGGAGGUUGGCAAGAUCCCGCGAUGGGAUGACAUGGUCGAUUGGUACAAGAAACAUCUGCCUGAUGAGCGCCCUCUCGGACUACGCAUUGUGCACGGUGACUAUAAGCUGGAUAACCUCAUUUUCCACCCCACUGAGAACCGGGUCAUCGGCAUCCUCGACUGGGAACUAUGCACCCUGGGUAGCCCUCUGGCGGAUCUAGGCAAUAUGACUAUGCCUUGGGCAGUUGACUGGCAAGAGGUUGGAGUACCGGCCGAUCAGCCAAUGACGACACGUAGCUAUAAGAACGCAACCGAAGCAGAUGGCAUGCCUAUAGCGCUCGCGGACAUCGAGCGCGAGUACUGCCGGCUCAUGGGUCUUGCGUACCCCAUAAAGGACAUGAUCUUUGUACGCAGUUGGAUGCUUAUGCGCCUGGCCAUCAUUGCGCAGGGUAUCGCGGCGAGAUACGCCCGGCGGCAGGCAAGUUCGGAGAAGGCGGCCUUGUAUGCAGCGUCAUUCCCAUAUCUUGGCCAUGCUGCGGAGAAGGUGCUCGUCAGUGAAGGCAUUCAGCUGCCUUCGCGUGCUAAGCUGUGA